CCCUAGGCUGGUGUGGGGUUAUUCCCCAUCAGAAGCCACCCACUCUCCGGGUUCCAUGGCAUCUAGUAGUGGAGCGCGUGAGAGUAGAAAACACUGUGGACGGUCAGCUCGUGGUCCGCGAUGGAAGGGGCUUCGUUGAGCGGGGUGAGGUCCCCACCUUAGCGCUCGAUGGAUUGCGGGAACCUAGCCUUUGUGAAGGUGGCGUUCCCCCUCAAGCCUUCGUUCUUGUGGGAGCCGCGCCGUUUCCUGCAGAGCUUCAUCCCUCCACCAGACCGAAUGGAGAUUUGUUCGUCCGCCACAGAGGACCUUGCGCAUCCCGGAACUGGUGCUUUUCCUGCCCGAUACUUAAACAAAUUUGCCGUUGUUGAAGGUGGCCAUGCGCAUCCCGGAACUGGUGGAGUGCAUGGAGUGGUAUGUGGCAGAGAAGGCCAAGGGCGAAGAGGAGCUUCGGAGGCUGCAGGACAGGCUCGCAUCGCCGCUGAGGAGAAGGCGCGCCGCCUUGAUGAGGAGGCCGAGCACGUGAUCAAGGCCUUUCAGACUUCCCUUGCGUUCGAGGAGGCGGCUCUCUCCCGCAUGAACAAUCUCUUGAAGGUCUGGGCUCAAACCCCCAACGGCCAACGUCUCCUUCUCAAAGAGGGGCAAGCCAAUUACUCCAUGGGUUUGCACAGGGCUCAAGAAGUCUUACUAGAGUGGAUCAGAGAUGGGAAGGAACUCCCGAAGCCGUGCGAGAACCCUGAGGAGUUUGAUUCCUCCAUCUACUACUCCGAUGAUGAGGACACUGCUGGAGGGGGUGAGGACACAGCCGGAAAUUGAGCGUGGUUGGGCCCAACGCUGAACUCCACCCUUUUCUUUUCAAUGUAAUGUUUUUGUGCUCGAACAAUAUGUUUCGUAUCGCGCGACUAUUAUCUUUGACUCUUCAUGGUUUGUGAUGCCUUUAUCGUCUUGCUUUGAUUCUUAAUCGCAUUUCCUUGAAUAACUUUUGAAGUCGGAA